AUGGCCAAAACCAUCAAGAAUCUGGUGUGGACACCAUCUCUUAAGAGAUUACCAAAACGUGGGGGAGCGGGACCUCCGAGGGGUGCCUCACCCUCUAAUGCAUGGACAACAUCACCAAAAAGAGGUGACCCACCCACGAGAGGAUGGACACCAUCCCCAAGGAGGUCACCAGCACCUGGGGAACAGGACUUGUACGAGGAGUCUCAUCCACAAGGUGGACAUCCCCUUCGAGAAGGUGACACUAACCUGGUGUGGACACCAUCUUCUAGGAGAUCACCAGGACCUGGGGAAGCGGAACCUCCGAGGGGACCUAGGGAAGUAGGACUUUCUAGGAGUGCCUCACCUCCGAAGGGGUGGACACCAUCUCCAAGAAGGUCACAGAACCUGAGGCAGAGGGGCCUCAGAGAGGUGACCCACCCACGAGAGCAUAGACAUCAUCCUCAAGGAAGUCACCAGGACCUGGGGGAACGGAACUUCCUUCCACAAGGGGAUGGACAUUCUCUUCGAGAAGGUGACCCUGACUUGGUGAAUCUCUUAAUGACGUAG